AUGGAAGAGAAAUUCUGGGAGACCUGGGCAUGGUAUGUGGAGAAAGAUAUCAAGGAGAUAGUGAAGAAGCAAGAAGCAAGAAGUGCAAAAGGAAAGCUCGAAGGCGUUGGAUCAACGGUUUGUGCUAGGGCGUCGCACGAGGUCACUGCUCUGAUCGGCUCCAGUGUGGAUAGAGAAUUCGUGAGUUCGCAUGGAUUUUUGGUUCUUGGUGAGUUAUCUCGAGUUAUUCCUUGUAGAGUGACGGAGAUUCCGGACAAUCGGUAUUUGAGUGGAAUUCAGCUUGCUGACGAGCAAUAUAGUUCACCCGGUCGCGUAGAUGCUAUUCUUGGUGCUGACAUUUAUGCCGAUAUAUUGAGAGAGGGCAUACGACGUGGCCCGAUCGGGGCACCGGUAGCUCAACUGACGGUGUUUGGUUGGAUCCUCACUGGACCUGUUGAUAUUAAUUCGGAGAGUCAUUCGACUGUGCACGCUCAUCCCAUUCGUGUUGAUGAGAGUUUAGAUACGUUAAUCGUUAAAUUUUGGGAGAUCGAAGAGGUGCCCGACACUAAAGUUUUGUCAAGGGAUGAUGAAUAUUGUAACGAGUUCUUUCAGCGGACCACCAAACGUGAUCAGUCGGGUCGAUUCAUAGUUCGACUUCCGUUUCGCUCCAAUGCUUUGUUGAGAGAUUCAAAGGAGAUAGCUUUAGCGUGUUUGCUUCGUUCGGAGAAACGUCGGCAGGGAUCUUUCGAAUUACAAAAGGCUUAUGAUAGUUUCAUGCGCGAGUACCAAGAGUUGGAUCACAUGAGGAGCGCAUCGCAGUCGGAAAGGAGCGCGGCUUUGUGUUAA